AUGGUUGUGAUACCCCAGAAAAGAAGUGGAGAAUAUGUACAACUCGCACAAUAUUAUGAAAUGUUUAUGCCGAGGCUAGACCGUGUCACACUAUUUGACCUGACAAUUCCUGUCAAAGCUAAGCCCGAGUCCCUGAGCUCUGCAAGAACUCCUCAGUGUCUCAAUAGCUUCCAAGGAAUCAAUCGACAUCUCCAGACGAGCGCAAUGAUUACCCGGUUACCAGUACGGCUUUCGCCAGUAUCUGCGACGUCUAGAUUGGCUUCCCGCUCUUCACGGCGAAGUUUGAAAGUCUCUGGGUUGCUGGGCACUGCGUCACAAGUCCUUCGAUGUCAAUAUCAACGAAACUACUCAACGUCCCCUGCUCCUCCUCCUCCUCCUCCCCCGCCAGCAGAUACGGAGCCUUCAAAGCCGGUUGAUCUCCGUUCACAAUUUGCGCCUCAACAACAGGCUUCCCAGCCCAAGCAGAAACGCUCUCUCCGACCCUUUAUAUACGCAACACUAUUCCUCUUAUUAGGUCUGACGGCAGGCCAGUACACCCGACUCAUAGUCGCGCCUCCACCACUUCCAGAAGCCGGGUCACCAGAAGACAAAGUCAUGGUUGAGUUCCUCCGCAGACAAGGGGAGAAACUCCCAGUCGUGCAGUCCCUCUCCACAGACCCGGCGUGGGAAUCCUACGAUGCCUAUAGUAGCAUACCGGAAGAGAGUCGGUCAGCGAGACUCACUAGUGGGCCCCUGGCUGGGGCUCGCGCUCUAGGUGCCUUUCAACGCGUCUUCUACAACAAGGAGUCCGGAGAGGUAGUGACAGUUAUCUGGUUUGGCGGCGCCAUUUCUGGCUGGCCUGGGGUCGUGCAUGGAGGGGUUACGAGUACAGUGCUGGAUGAGGCAUUAGGGCGUUGUGCGGUCAAGACAUUCCCUGCCAAAACGGGUGUGACGGCGAAUCUGGAGAUUAACUUCCUGAAGCCUGUUGUCACGAAUGCUUUUUAUGUGGUCAGAGCGGUACCGCAGGCGGAGGGACAGACGGAUACUAAGAGGUGGGUUAAUGGGAGACUGGAGAUGCUCGAUGGUAGGGUCUGCGCAGAGGCAAAGUCACUCUAUGUUGUCCCGAGGAAGUUUAAGACGAGACCGAUAGCCGAUAAAUUCUGA